AAAAGUUUUCAUGUCGCUCAAUGUUUACCCUAAAAGUUCAUACAAGUUUUUCCACUGAUCAGAGGCAACCUAUAAAGAAGCAUGUGAGAAUUUAUUUGGUUAAAAAAUAGUUUCCGGCAGUUGCCAAAUUUGUGUGAUAGACGAUAUGGCGAGUGAAAUAGAGGUUAACGCCGUCAAACACAUGAGUUGGGCUGAGGAAGAGGAUAAGUUACGUCUUCUCCGUGAAGCCGUCAAUGCCCUGCCUGUUAACGCCGUUAAAGAUUUAUGGUCCAUUGGGGCAUGCGUUCGAUGCAUUUUUCGAGUAUUUGGACUUCACGAACUCAUGUGUGCACAUCCUUUACUCUCAAUAUCAAAGUGGUGUGAUAUUUUAGAAGAUGUUAUGAGAAAGAAAGACGUUGACACAGCUGAUCAUCCCCAAACAGAUGGAGAAUUUAGUAAUGAGCAAUCACAUCAAGAAAGAUCAAGGGAGACUAGGUUUUGCAAAAUUUGCUUAGGCAUUUUGCAAUUUCUCUAUUAUGAUGAUACUGGAACUUUAUUGAAAAAGUAUAGUGCCGAUGAUUUUGCUUUAGUUAUUGCUGAACUUGUAAAGAAACAAUAUCAACAAAUUGACAGUUUUUCUCUUGAAGUCUCAUUACCUUCGGCUGUAACAGAAAAUGAUGAAGCAGUCUGGUUGUAUAUGAAAAAUAAGUACCACCAUGAACUUUGGUUCCAAGAGAAGGCUGAAUGUCAAUUCAUUUCUACAAAAGACAUCUUGAAAUUAUUAGUGAUAAAUCCAUUACAAAGAUUGUUGGGUGUAAAAUCUAGUCAAAGUACUUUUCGCAUUCGCUUAACAUACUCACAUUCUGAUUCAUUAACAAGAGAUGACGUUCAGGAAGGAAAUGUAGGAAAUAAGAGGAGGAAAACAGACAAAGCAGGUUCCACUGGUGACCUCAAGAUAACUGGGGAAUCUGUUACUCCCCAUGUUGAGUCUUCUGAUAGCUCUGUUGGUGAUGGAGAUGCACACACUAAAGUUCGUCCCAAGGAGUCCCGAGAUUUCAGUUGUAGUUUCUUAAUGGCUCAGUUAGAUAAGGUCAGUAAGCCUUGUUGUCUGAACAUUCAUUGUUGUAGAAGCUCUAUAUAUCUUGGAGGGAGAUAUCUUAAGUAUUCAAGAAAUGUCAGCCAGACACGCUGGGUUAUUGAUGAUGAACGAAUGGGAGAAGCAUCCGUUGAGGAAAUAGUAGGUGGGGCCAUCCUUCCUGUCUUCCAGGGUGACAAUUAUAAGUUUCAUGCUGCUGGUAGGGAGGACAUUGAUGUCCGGAUGCUAGGUACAGGCCGUCCUUUUCUGGUAGAGAUACAAAAUGCACGCCAAGUCCCUUCUGAAGCUCUCAUAAAAGAAAUAGAGAGGAAAAUUAAUUGUCUAGAAAGUCAAUAUGUCCGGGUUAAAAAUCUUAGAGCUGUAGGUAGUAAAGGGUGGGACCUCAUGCGUGAAGGAGAGUCGGAGAAGCAGAAGCAGUACGCUGCAUUGGUGUGGAUUUCUCGUCCUGUCAGCAAUGAAGAUUUGGAAACUAUAUCAUCACUAAAGGAAUUGAAAGUGGCUCAAAACACGCCUAUAAGGGUUCUUCAUCGCCGAAGUCCAUUGGAGAGAGAGAGAAUUAUACAUUGGAUGAAAGUGGAGAGGAUAUCUGGAAGCUCACAAUAUCUUCUAUUGCAUCUGUGUACUCAGGCUGGGACGUAUAUCAAAGAAUUUGUUCAUGGGGAUUUAGGUCGCACUCAACCCAGUAUUGGUUCAAUUCUUGGUUGCAGAACAGAGAUAUUGCAACUAGAUGUUACGGACGUGAAAAUGGACUGCUUUCAGGAGGAUUGAGGACAAUAUUCUAUUGGAACCAGGGAUUUGCAUUUGAACAUGAUUUUCGACCUCUGGUGUAAUAUGUUGUAUGCGUCAUAGGAUGGCGUUUUGUACUAUUUAUUAUGUGAGGAAACACCUAAUUCUCCAAAAUCAGUUGAUUUCAAAUUGUCUUCCCAAUUUUUAGGGGCAAAAAGCAGGACUA